ACACAUACACACCCGAGAGGGCGACGAAACAGACAGCCGGACUCAAGUCGACGCCCGGCGAAUUGCCCGAUACUAUGGAGGGAGACGAUCGGAGGGCCCCGCUGCUGGCGGCCGGCGGCGGCCGUCCCCCGUCUCUGCGGCGCCGUGACUCGGCGCGGUCGCUGCGCAGCAGCUUCCUGUCGCGGCUGCCCGACAAGGUGCGCGCCGGGCUCGACCCGGAGCACCUCGCCGACGUCGACCUCUCCCGCGCCAAAGGCAUGUCCAGAGGUGUGAGACAGUACUACGAGAAGCAGCUCGCGACCCUGAAGACCUUCGAGCAGGUGGAGGCGCGCUGCAUGCCCGGCGAAUUCGAUUCGGAUGUCGAGGCCUCCGACUCGGAGGACGCGGAGCAGAAGCAGAGCGAGUUCGCCAUGAAGAUCUCCAACUACGCCAAUAUUGUGCUGCUGGUCUUCAAGGUGUAUGCGACGAUCAGGACGGGGUCCAUGGCGAUUGCGGCGUCCACGCUCGACUCGUUGCUGGAUUUCAUGGCCGGGGGUAUCCUCUGGUUCACGCACCUUUCCAUGAAGAGGGUCAACAUCUACAAGUACCCAAUUGGGAAGCUGCGCGUCCAGCCCGUCGGGAUCAUCGUCUUCGCCGCCAUCAUGGCAACUCUAGGUUUCCAGGUCUUGGUCCAGGCCGUCGAACAGCUGGUGGAGAACAAACCUGGCGAGAAGAUGACAUCGGAGCAGCUGAUAUGGUUGUACUCCAUCAUGCUUUCGGCAACCGCCGUGAAACUGGCUCUCUGGCUCUACUGCAAGAGUUCAGGGAACAGUAUUGUUCGGGCUUAUGCGAAGGACCACUACUUCGAUGUGAUAACCAAUGUCGUCGGUCUGGUGGCUGCUGUUCUUGGGGACAAAUUCCUGUGGUGGAUUGACCCCGCGGGGGCUGUCAUACUUGCUGUAUAUACCAUCGUCAACUGGUCCAAAACUGUAUUAGAAAAUGCAGCUACCCUAGUGGGCCAAUGUGCUCCUCCAGAUAUGCUGCAGUUGCUAACGUACCUCGCCAUGAAGCACGACACACGAGUGAGGCGGGUUGACACUGUUAGAGCUUACAGCUUUGGAGCUCUCUACUUUGUAGAGGUUGACAUCGAACUAGCGGAAGAUAUGCGGCUGAGAGAGGCGCACGCCAUCGGUGAAUCGCUGCAGGAGAGAAUCGAGAAGUUGCCUCAAGUCGAGCGGGCGUUUGUUCAUAUCGAUUUCGAGAGCACGCAUAAGCCUGAGCACAAAGUCAGGAGCAGACUGCCGUCUACUGAUCCCUGACAGAUUUCCGAAUGCUCAUGCAUGUAGUACAUUGUUAAGAGAUAGUAGCUAAUAGCCCGGCGUUUUCUUCGAGGGUUACGAGCAACGAUUCCCUUCACCUGUAAAAUAAAGGUACAGGAUCAACUUUUCCAGUUUACUGAUCCUAACCACGCAUUUGAUCGUUG